AUGCCGGGACCAAUAUGCUAUGGCUGGCCGUCUAUCUCAAUAAUGUCAUUCCUAGAUUUAAAAGUGCAAGAUGAUGUCUCAAAGGAUUUACAAAGGUAUGUGGCAGGCACUGUCUUACCCCAGUGCCAGACUCACGAGGACUCCAACACAGUACAGGUGAACCAGGUGGUCGUCAAUCGUCAAGUCCAAGAGGAGAUGGAAAAACGUUACGCCCAUCUGGUCUCUCGGCUCACCAGCCUCAAGACCGAGUCGGAGGAGACUUGGAAGACCAUAGAGACCGCAGAGAAGACCCUAAUGGAGAUGAUCAAUCAGAGGGACUACGACUGUGCGCAUUAUUUCAUCGACGAGCCGCGGAUGGAUAAUAAGCAGCCCGAGUCGAUGCUUAUCAAGAUGAAAGCCGACCGACAGGAAACCGAGGAUUUCUACCUGAGUAAAUUCCGUGAGUACACCCUCGGCAGCAACCUCAUCACACGCCUUCAAGCACGUUACGAACUGAUGCGUAAAGCCCUUGGCGAUGAGACACAGACCACGUCCUCCCCUACGCCCCAAAGAAACUUGGUAAACAAACCUCGCCGUCGACGGAUCGGGCGAAAUCCUCUGAUGGGUCAACCUAAGCUGUUCGGUGGGUCGCUCGAGGAAUACCUUGAAGCCACUGGUCAAGAUAUACCUUUAAUUAUGAAGUCUUGCAUUAGGGUCAUCAAUCUGUAUGGAUUGCACCACCAAGGGAUCUUCAGGGUGUCGGGUUCGCAGGUGGAGAUCAACAACUUCAGGGAGUCGUUCGAGAGGAUGGAGGAUCCCCUGGCUGACGUUACUGACGCCUCGGACAUCAACAGUGUGGCCGGAGUGUUGAAACUCUACCUUAGGGAGCUUAGGGAACCUCUCUUUCCCACCGUAUUCUUCGACCAGUUUAUGGAGAUUGCCCCCCUAGAGAAGAAACACGACUUCGUGGUAAAGAUGAGGGACGUGGUGACUAGUCUUCCUCGACCUGUGUUCGUCGUCAUGCGUUACCUCUUUGCGUUCCUUAACCAUUUGUCUGAAUUCAGCGACGAAAACAUGAUGGAUCCGUACAACCUGGCCAUCUGUUUUGGGCCAACACUAGUUCCCAUACCUGAGGAUAAGGACCAGGUCCAGUACCAGAAUUUAGUGAACGAGCUGAUCAAGAACAUCAUCAUCUUUAGCGAGGACAUCUUCCCUAGCGACGGCGGCCACACCUACGAGAAAUACAUCUCCCGUGACUCCAUAGACCUUGAGGCCGAGGUGGGAGACGCCCCUUCAGAGGCUCACGAUGACGUCGACUCGGAACCCGGCCAAUCGGAGGACGAUUCUGUGUUUAGAGACAGAGACAUAACGCUACAGAUCUUUGGAAAGAGCGAGAUUCUUGAAGCCAUCGCACAGUUUGACUUCAACGCUCGGUCUGAACGCGAACUAAGCUUCAACAAAGGCGAUGUGCUCGUUCUACACUCCCAGGUCUCUAGUGAUUGGUGGAGAGGGUCGUUCCAAGGCAAACAGGGCCUCAUUCCAGACAAGUAUAUACUGCUAAAGAUUAGAGAUGAAGACAAAGACCGUCUGAGUGAUCGAGGCGCAGCGGAAGUCCUACGGAGGCGAGCUUCCUCAUCCUCCGAGUCCAUCUUAUCAUCCUCCACACAACAGUCCUCCGAGGGGGUCAUCCGGCCCACGUCGCACAACGGGGCGGCCCAGGCUCCCCUCUCCCCCUCCCCGGCCUCAAUGCAGAGUCAAGACUCUUGUGGGAGCCCAGUGAGCCGCGACGGGCUAGGCGGUGCCUCCUCCUCGCUGGGGCUAGACUCCGGCGGGGCGUCGGACGGGGCACAAGCAGACGGGGGACGCCCGACCUCGCCGCUGCCGAGCACCCCAGGGCAGGCCUCCCACUCCCCCACCCCCCCACACUCCCUUCAACACGGGGCUUGUCUCUCCCUCUCAGAUGUGUCAAGUAUCGUGUCCACACAGGAGGAGGUAACAUCUUAGUUGGUGUGUUCGGAAGAGUUUAUUAAGUUCUUUUGGUUAAUUUUCUUGUUUAAGUUUAAUAUUGUCGGGUUAGUCAAGAUUUUUGGAGGAAGCCGUCGUGUAGCGGACAACACUGGGGCCUCACGUCACCAACAGGGGCCUAGAUCAGUGUUAGUGAAGGAAGACACAGUGUUUGUUAUAUACUACACAACACUGGGGCCUCACCUCACCAACAGGGGUCUAGAUCAGUGGUGGUGAAGGAAGACACAGUGUUUGUUAUAU